GUGUGUGUCGCGGUUUCAUUCUUGAAAAUGAUAAAAUCCCGCACGACUUCGGAGAACGUGGCGACGUCGCAUCCCCCCCACUAUUUCUCCAGCGCUUGCCGGUAUGCUCGGGCUGUCUUCCACCUCCUCCCCACUUCCUCCCACAAGAAAACAACACAGUUUGCAUGAACAGACCCCGGAAAUCCAAUCAUAAGCGCCUCAAUUCGCGAGUCUUGAUCUUUUCCCGGAAGAAAAGAUUUGGCUUUUGGCCGAGUUCUUGCUUCUUGGAAGCUUUUGGGUGUUGUUGAAGCGUACCCAGAAGCCAAAAGAUCGGUCUUUUUCCUCGAAGCUGUCCGUCUACCCCACUUUACACGGAAAUAAGAGAGCCGGGGCUUUUCGUUUGUUGCCUCUCUCUCUCUCUCUCUCUCUCUCUUUCUUCUGUGCAUGCUGGGGGACUUCCAUGGAUAUCGACUCUCCAAAUGCCGCUUCCCUCUUUGCUGAUCAAAAGUGUAGAAAAUCUUGUUUCUCUAACAUCUUACCUGCAGCAUCUUUGUUUUGUCUAGCACUCUUCAUCGGGAGUGCACUGUUGGUAUCAGAUAACAGAGAGAAAUUCUCAGGAUGGGAUUGGAGGGGAAUUGAUAAAUCACAGAGCACUAAAACCAGCACUUGUGCGAAUCAGUGCAGACCACGUGGAAGUGAGGUUUUACCAGAAGGUAUUGUUGCCAGUUCUUCUGAUUUGGAAAUGAGGCCACUGUGGGAUUCCGCAAAGGGCUCUCCUAGUUCUUCGUCUAACUUGUUUGCCGUGGCUGUUGGAAUCAAGCAAAAGGAUCUUGUUAAUAAAAUGGUUACAAAGUUUCUGUCAAAUGAUUUUGUGGUGAUGCUUUUCCACUAUGAUGGCGCUGUUGAUGAGUGGAAGGACCUAGAAUGGAGUGAUCGCGUCAUACAUGUAUCUGCAUCUAACCAAACUAAAUGGUGGUUCGCCAAACGUUUCCUUCAUCCAGAUAUAGUUGCAGAAUACAACUAUAUUUUCCUCUGGGAUGAGGACCUAGGAGUUGAAGAUUUUCACCCCAAUAAGUAUAUAUCUAUUAUCAAGACUGAAGGGCUUGAGAUAUCACAACCAGCCCUUGAUCCAACGAAAUCAGAGGUGCAUCACCAAAUCACUGCACGUGGGAGGAGAACAGUUGUUCACAGGAGGACUUACAAGCCUGGUGGUCGUGGUAAAGGUUGUGGUUCCAACAGUACAGCUCCUCCAUGCACUGGGUGGAUAGAGAUGAUGGCUCCAGUUUUUUCCAGAGUUGCCUGGCGCUGCGUAUGGUAUAUGAUUCAGAAUGAUUUGAUCCAUGCUUGGGGCCUAGACACACAACUUGGUUACUGCGCUCAAGGUGAUCGAACCAAGAAUGUAGGCAUUGUGGAUGCUGAGUAUAUAGUGCAUUAUAAUCGGCCGACACUAGGCGGUGGCAAUGAAAACAAGUCGGACUCACAGUCACAUCAUGAUGCUUCUGAGACAGAAAAAAUGGAAUCAGAGGCACCGUCAAGGUCUCAUAAACAUGAUCCUAGAGUUGAAGUGAGGAGGCAGUCCUAUAUCGAACUCGCAGUAUUCCGAAAAAGAUGGAAGAAGGCUGUGAAGGAAGAUGUAUGUUGGACUGAUCCAUACCCUCAAGCUGCAGCAGACAAUAUCAUGGCCUAAUGUUGAGAAAAUGCUCCUCUUGCGAGGAAUUCUUUAGAUUGAUGGCUAUAUAUGAUGCAAAGAGGACCGAGGCAGCAACUGAUUACAGGCAUUGAGAAGAUAAGCCUCGUAUCUUCAAGCAUAGUUUAUGCAGUGCCGGGGUUUCAAAGGUACCGUGUACAUCGUGCCGCCGCUGCUGUAGAUAAUUGAAUCCCCUUUUCAAUUGCAAGAAUGAUAGGUUGCGAGGUAAAUGCUCUUUAUACCCUUGAUAUCAUUCCUUUUGUUUAGCCGGUAGGGACCAUCUUCAAGACUGCAGAGUAGCGUAGGCUAUCGGGAAGCAAUUAUUGUAUCGCUCUCAUCACGCGCACUCUUUCGUCUCGUACCACUGUGCAAUGUUCCAUGAAAAAUGUAGAGAGGGUCCAUAAAGGUUGUCCGCUUAUGGACUAUCUCAUGCUGUCUAUUGACCAGUGCACAUCAUGACAAGCCACAAUAAGCUCCAAAAUCUUUAAAGUUUGUAACUUUAUGAAUUACCGCCGUUUCAGGUAGAACUAGAUUACCUUGUUGAUUCGGAGGUAAUCUGUGGCAAAUGAUUUGCUCUAUCUUUUGCCUUUUCUUUACCCUGUUGCGGUGGGCACUUUCGCUGACACUGCAAAUGAUUUUUGUUGAGUUGCAAUCAUGAAGAGUGUCUGCCUAGCAUUGCUCCAA